UCUCUCCACUCCCAUACGCUUCUUUUCUCACUACUCCUUAAAAGGCCUUAAUCUUUGUCUGCCUGCUCUUGUUUUCAUCGUUUCUUUAUUUCUGUGCUCAAACAAUUAUACCCAUUCUUGCUUUGACUUUCUUUUUUCUUUUUCAAUUAUUGGCUUGGUUUUUUUUUUUUAUAGUGAAAGUGAAGGCUUUGUUUGUUCUUAUUGAAAGUAAUCAUGGCGGAGGAGGAGGAGGAUUGUUGGGAUGCUGGGAAAAUGCUGGACCUUUAUUUGCACGAUUACUUGGUGAAGAAGAAUAUGCAUGAGACUGCUGCACUAUUCAGAGAAGAGGCCGGCAUAUCUAACCGACCAGUUGUGAUUGAUUCUCCCGAAGGGUUCCUACAAGAAUGGUGGUCCCUAUUUUAUGAAAUUUUUGCCGCUAGGCAAACAAAGCUUCAAGGGGAGGCAGAAAGUACCUCUGCUAAGUCUGAAAUAAAGGAAGAUCAAUCACAAAGUUUUGGUCCAAUGUUUCUGCCACAAUUGAUGAUAAAUCAGCAAAUGGCUCGACAGGUUCCUAUUCCGAGAUAUUUUGAUUCCAGUCUGCAGUUACUUGAAACUAAUCAACUGAGGCUCCCAAACUCAUUUGUAGCCAGUUCAAGCCUUCUGCAACAACCAAUAAAUCUUGCUCAGCAUCAAGCUAAGAGGGAACAAAGUCAAGGCACUAACUUGGGGAGUAACAUUCUUAUAAAUUCAAACACCCCCAAUAAGGCACUAGAAGGCAAACUUCCAGUAACUUGGCCUCAUGCUGCAGGGUUGAAUGAAUCAAUUGACCCAGCACCACUGAGUGGAUGGGCUUUGGAUGCACUAAACUAUCAGCAACCAUUUCAGAUUUUGAAAUGUCAACCAGAGAAAUCAGAUAAGGGGCUGUCACUUAUGCCUAGAAACCUGACACCUACUUUUCCUGGAAGCUCUGGCAAAUUCAGUUAUCAAAAUCUGAUACUUCCUAAGCCAGAAAUAAUUGAGAAUAACAGACCGAUGAAUACCCAAACCGUGCAAACAGAAGAACAUCAAAACCAAUAUAAUCUUUUGCAGCAACUGCAGACUGGCAGAAAGAAAAAGAAAUUAUCAAACUCGCUAACAGCAGAUCAGAAAUUGGGUUAUAUCAAAGAUGAGGAGAAUAAACCUGUUGAUGACACUGUUGAUUCUUUUCUGUCCCAUGAUCAUGAUGAUGUUGAUAACACAAGCACUCCUUUCACAAAUUUAAGGAGUCGUUCUAACAGAUCUAAUAAAAGUGAACAUAAAGGCUUCACGUUUGAAGAGGUUAGUUGCCUUCACUCAUGCAAAAGCAAAGUCUUGAGCUGCCAUUUUUCAUCAGAUGGGAAGUUACUAGCUAGUGCUGGGCAUGAAAAGAAGGUCUUGAUAUGGAAUAUGGAAACUCUCGAUUUUGUCAGAACUGCGGAGGGCCAUUCCCUUCUCAUUACUGAUGUUCGUUUUAGACCAAGUUCAACCAUAUUUGCAACAUCGUCUUUUGACAAGACUGUCCAACUAUGGGAUUCUGCCAAACCAAGCAAAUCACUUUUCAAGCUUGUGGGGCAUGCUGAACAGGUUUUGUCAUUAGAUUUCCAUCCUAGAAAGACGGAUCUCCUUUGUUCCUGUGAUAGUAAUAAUGAGAUGCGAUUAUGGAAUAUCAACCAACGUUCUUGUGUGCAUGUCUCUAAGUCAGCUACUAAACAAGUCCGGUUCCAGCCUCGACCAGGAAAGUUGAUUGCAACUGCUUCGGGAAAUGUUGUGAAUGUAAUUGACGCUGAAACUAACAAGCCCCUAUCCUGUUUGAAGGGGCAUAACAAAGAGGUUCUUUCAAUUUGCUGGGAUCCUAGUGGCAAGUAUUUUGCCUCCAUCAGUGAAGACAGUGCACGAAUGUGGUCAGUCUCUGGCGGAGAAUGCUUGCAUGAAUUGCGGUCAACAGGCAACAAGUUCCAGUCCUGCACAUUUCAUCCAGGGUACUCACAACUCUUGGUCAUUGGUGGUUACCAGUGUCUGGAAUUAUGGAAUCCAGUUGAGAGCAAUAAAACAUGGACAGUUGAAGCACACAGGGGACUAAUUUCUUCGCUGGCAGAUUGUUUACAGACUGAAAUGGUUGCCUCCGCAAGUCAUGAUCAGUGCGUUAAGAUAUGGAAGUGAAAUAUCCUUCUCCAUGCAUCUGCUUGUUUGUACAUACAGAGCAAUUUCAAAAUGGAGCUAAUGGCAACUGCAGGUAAGGUGAACAGUCAAGAAAAAGUACCAGGGCUGAAGAUGCGCCCUUUUUUGUGGCAAUUUUGAAAGUAUAGAUAGACAUCUUAACUACAGGCUAAAUAAUUUACAACCAAAGGUAGAGAAAAAAUGAAAUACAACUGCAGUAUAAAAUGACGGGCUUUUCCCCCCCGAUGUUCUUGAUGGCUGCACUUUUGGACUCGGAUGAUUUUUCUUAUUUAACCAUUAUAUCAAAUCAAAUAGACCUUCAAUUCCCUAUUAAA